CAUCAUGUGAGUUUAAUUCUGUUCCAAUUUCCAAGUGAGCUUCGAAUGUUCCAUGCGAGUUUGACUUGUUCCCCUAUUGGCAUAUCCCCGAAACCCCUAGCCUCGCUGACAGGUGGUGCCAAUGUGACCCCACCUUCCAGUGUGACAAGCUAGAGCCCCCGGUUUCCCCUCACGCGGAUAGUCCAGUCCCUCCCAUGGCGCGACUGCGCGAGCAGCCUCGGUCUCUCCUCCUCCAGCGUCUCAUUGCCUCGUAACCGCCGCCGGAAUCGACCGAUCCAAAGCUCCGGGUUCUAUCCAAUCCACGAGGGGAUCCCAAAUGGCCAUGGCGGCCUCGGUCCUCGCCGCGACCUCGCCCCAGCUGACAUCGUGGAGAUGGAGGCCUCUCCUCGCGGCGCAUCCACGGGCGAGUCCGCCUCCCGCACGGCGCCUGCGGGCGCCCGCUUCUCCUCUCCGGACCCCCAUUCCCCGCAAUCCUUGUUCCGGAGCCACCGUCGCCAGGACGCCGUGUACGGCGGCGGUAUCAUUUGGUGCGAAGGCGGAGGUCACGGAGCGGGAGCGGGAGGCGCCCGAUUGGGACGUUCUGAAGCGGGUGGCGCUGGUCGCGCUUGGCUGCUGCGCUGCAGCCGCCGUGCUCGGCUGCGGCGCGGCGCGGGCGGCGGCGGAGGACUCGAUCAAGGCGUCCGGGUUCGGGCUGCGGGUGGCGGAGUCGCUGCGGAGGCUCGGGUGGCCCGACGACGCCGUCGUGUUCGCGCUCGCGACGCUGCCGGUGAUCGAGCUGCGGGGGGCGAUCCCGGUCGGGUACUGGAUGCGGCUCCACCCAGUCCGCCUCACCGUCCUAUCCGUUCUUGGUGAUGAUUAUACCCUUUUUAGCGACACAUCCAAGAGGAAAACUGCCUUUUAUCAGAAUUGGAACAUGGUGCCUGUGUCGUUUAUCAUCCUCUACCUGAGAAAACUUGCGACUUAUCUCUCCCAGAGAAGCGCCUCUGCAACCCGACUUAUUGACCUCCUCUUUGAGCGGGCACGACGGAAAGCUGCACCUGUUGAGGAAUUCCAAUGGCUUGGACUGAUGUUGUUUGUUGCUGUUCCGUUUCCAGGAACAGGGGCAUGGACAGGAGCGAUCAUUGCAUCCGUCUUAGGCAUGCCGUUCUGGUCAGGUUUCUCGGCAAACUUUGUGGGAGUCAUCCUAGCAGGCCUGCUGGUGAACUUGCUCAUGAAUCUCGGUCUGAAAUAUGCGAUUAUCACUGGAGUCUUUCUGUUCCUAGUAUCAACUGUGAUGUGGAAUGUACUUCGAUCCCUCAAGAAGUCAGUCAAUGCCAAAUGAUCUAAUAAAGUCUGCACGAAGUUGUUCUGAUGUCUUCAGAGCUCAGCCUUAUGAGCGAAUUACAGUUGUGCAAAAUUUCCUCACUUCUUUACUUUUGCUUGUAUACGCAGAGCAAACUCUCGAGCUAUAUGUUCUCGUCUCUGCAGCCGUCACCCAGUGAUUUUAGUAGAACCAUAGCAGAGUAACUGUAGUCUUUGUAGGUACACAAUUUAUCGAUCAAGCUCCCAUAUUUA